ACCAAAGAUUCAUUGACCACGGAAGAGAUUAACUACUUCCCCUCACACCGAGCACUGACAGUCCUAAACUCCUAUCUAUCUCCGGAUUCAAGUCGGAGAUGGAGAUGUAACGAAUGGAUCCGUCGAUGGCAGCUUCUCCACCCGCAUCAUCCACCGGUUCGUGGUUUUCCGGCAUUGUUCGAGGUCGCUCACAAAGCGUUAAGAUGCCUAAUAAUCCAACCGCUUCCGCCGCCAGCGACUCCGAAUCGCCAAUUAAUCGGAAAAAGCAGUUCCGUGGAGUCCUGUUAAAGUACGGACCUAAGCCUAUUCAGGUAGCUUUCAAGACUGGUGACUACAAACAACAAGUCAUUUUCAUAGGUGGACUGACAGAUGGAUUUUUGGCUACUGAAUAUUUGGAGCCGCUGGCAAUUGCUUUGGAUAGAGAGAAAUGGUCACUGGUCCAAUUUCUGUUUUCCUCAUCUUAUAGUGGAUACGGAACCUCAAGCUUGAAACAAGAUGCCAUGGAGCUUGAUCAGCUGAUAAAUUACUUGAUAAACAAGGAAGACUCUGAGGGUGUGGUACUUCUUGGACACAGUACUGGAUGUCAGGACAUUGUGCAUUACAUGCGUACCAAUGCUGCAUGCUCUAGAGCAGUUCGUUCAGCCAUUUUGCAGGCUCCAGUUAGUGACCGUGAAUACAGAGCGACUCUUCCUGAUACCGCUUCAAUGAUUGAUUUGGCCUCAAAGAUGAUAAGUGAAGGUCAAGGAUCAGAACUAAUGCCAAGGGAAGCAAAUCCAGAUGCUCCUAUAACUGCCUAUAGAUAUCACUCACUUUGUGCCUACAAUGGUGAUGAUGACUUAUUCAGUUCAGACCUAAGUGAUGAUCAGCUGAAACAAAGACUUGGUCACAUGUGUAACACGCCUUGUCAGGUGAUCUUUUCCAUGGGUGAUGAAUAUGUUCCGGAUUAUGUUGACAAGAAAGCAUUGGUCGAUAGGCUAUGCAGAGCAAUGGGUGGUGCUGAAAAAGUUGAAAUCGAGCACGGAAACCAUUCUUUAUCAAACCGAGUUGAAGAAGCUGUCCAAGCCAUAGUGAACUUUGUCAAGAGAGAAGGUCCUAGUGGGUGGGAUGACCCUUGGAGUUGAAUGGUCACUUUGCACCUUCUUCCCCUCAUCACUGAAUUGUUUAUUGUGUCUAGUGUUGUAUCCUUGUGCAUUGUCUCAUUACUUAAACUGUUUUCAUCUCUGUACAUCAUUACACUUUACAGGUUUGUUUUGGACAUAUUUGCAGUUCUUAGUAAAUCUAUUCUAUACUUUCUCUAUC